AUUAAAAGCUCAUACACCAUCUGCUCAUGCUUAGUGAGAUAAUCGUGGGCUGGCUAUACCCAAGAUAAAUCAAAGUCAUAGGUCCAGCUGAAGUCCAAAAUCUUCCUUAGCAUUAUGGGUAGACAAGGAAGAAUAUCAAAAUAUGAUUUACCAGGAAUUGUUGCCAUCCUGCUGAUUCAUAUGCACGUGAUGCACUCACAAGUGCUCAAUGAAAUCUCUGAGUUUAGUUACCCAAUGGAACAAAUGCCUCUCUUAAGGAAAACACGAGACGUGAACACAGGCAUAGUAGAAUACAUUGUGGUCGUUGAGGUGAAUGUGACAGAAGUGAUUUUAUUUGACCAAAUCAAAUCAUCAGCGAAUUCCAUCACUCCUUUACAAAUAGACAACAUCACAAACAUCAACAGUUUGGACAUUACAGCAGUGUGCCAGCCACUAUUCAAUGAAUCUCAAUACCAGUGCACAUGCGAGAAUCAGUAUGUUUGGUCCUACAAUAACUGUAUUACGUAUAACGCCUGUGAUAACCUAAAUGAAGGAACAUGUACCUGUAUCAGUGCCAUUCCUAGUGAUGGACAGGUCUGUGUGCCAAAAACUGCCAGCACAACUACUGUAACAACAGCUGGCACAACUACUGUAACAUCACACAGCACGACUACUGAAACAUCAGCCAGCACAACUACUGUAACAACAGCUGGCACAACUACUGUAACAUCACCCAACACGACUACUGUAACAUCACCCAGCACGACUACUGAAACAUCAGCCAGCACAACUACAACCACCACAGCAUCUAUUACGACCCAAGCCCAAAUGAACACAAGCUUAAUAGAAUACAUUGUGGUCGUUGAGGUGAAUGUGACAGAAGUGAUUUUAUUUGACCAAAUCAAAUCAUCAGCGAAUUCCAUCACUCCUUUACAAAUAGACUAUAUCACAAACAUCAACAGUUUGGACAUUACAGCAGUGUGCCAGCCACUAUUCAAUGAAUCUCAAUACCAGUGCAUGUGUGAGAAUCAGUAUGUUUGGUCCUACAAUAACUGUAUUACGUAUAACGCCUGUGAUAACCUAAAUGAAGGAACAUGUACCUGUAUCAGUGCCAUUCCCAGUGAUGGACAGGUCUGUGUGCCAAAAACUGCCAGCACAACUCCUGUAACAACAGCUGGCACAACUACUGUAACAUCAGCCGGCACAACUCCUGUAACAACAGCUGGCACAACUACUGUAACAUCAGCCAGCACAACUACUGAAACAUCACCCAGCACAACUACUGUAACAUCACCCAGCACAUCUACUGAAACAUCACCCAACACGACUACUGUAACAUCACCCAGUACAUCUACUGAAACUUCACCCAACACGACUACUGUAACAUCACCCAACACGACUACUGUAACAUCACCCAGCACAUCUACUGAAACUUCACCCAACACGACUACUGUAACAUCACCCAGCACAUCUACUGAAACUUCACCCAACACGACUACUGUAACAUCACCCAGCACGACUACUGUAACAUCACCCAACACGACUACUGUAACUUCACCCAACACGACUACUGUAACAUCACCCAGCACAUCUACUGAAACUUCACCCAACACGACUACUGUAACAUCACCCAGCACGACUACUGUAACAUCACCCAACACGACUACUGUAACAUCACCCAACACGACUACUGUAACAUCACCCAACACGACUACUGUAACAUCACCCAGCACAUCUAUUGUAACAUCACCCAACACGACUACUGUAACAUCACCCAACACGACUACUGUAACAUCACCCAGCACGACUACUGUAACAUCACCCAACACGACUACUGUAACAUCACCCAGCACAUCUACUGUAACAUCACCCAACACGACUACUGUAACAUCACCCAACACGACUACUGUAACAUCACCCAGCACGACUACUGUAACAUCACCCAACACGACUACUGUAACAUCACCCAACACGACUACUGUAACAUCACCCAGCACGACUACUGUAACAUCACCCAGCACGACUACUGUAACAUCACCCAGCACGACUACACCCCCCACGAUUACCCCAAGGCCCAGAGUACUAAGCCUCUCAUUGAAACUAAAUCAAGAUUUUGAGUCUGAACUCAACAGUAAAGAUAGUCCAUUAUAUCAAACAUAUAAAAAUAAAAUUCAGAGUUCAAUUGAACAAAGCUACACAAAGGUACUUGGCUAUCUGCCCAACUCUGCAACAGUGACUGGUUUCAGACCUGGCAGUGUGAUUGCAGACUUCAGUAUUACCUCAACAACUAACAACAUUGACUUGGCUUCAGCAAACCAACAGCUUGUUUCCAAUCUCAUUAGUAGUGGAUUCAAUGUUUCUGGCGAUUUACUUAGUCAAAGUGUUGAAGGAAAUCUAACUAACAUCAAAGGAAACAUAUAUCCUGGGACAGAUCUCAAACUGACAUGUAAUCCUCCAGAGAUAAAUGGUAUAAAAUGGAUCCUGAAGGGGAUUCAGUUACAGCAGUCAGACAAGUAUGUGAUUAAUAAUGCUGAACUCACUGUAAAGAAUGCCGGUCCCACUGACAGUGGUCAAUAUUCAUGCAUAACGACAAUAAACUCUCUGCCCUAUAUAAUCUGGCAAAGCAUUACAAUUCAGUUGUACCCCAAUAUUCUAAUGGCCAGUAACAAAAUUGUACAAUGUGAGGAUACAACAGUCUCAUUGCAGUGUUGUGUUCAGGGUGUAUAUAAGGUGCAAUGGACUGACACUACAACCUGCUCAAGUUUAACAGGAACCUGCAUCACAUGUAACUAUAUAAUUGACAAACAGGGUUGUCAGAAUGGUGUGCAAACAAAACAGUUCAAAUGCCAACUAACACAACCUAUCAGUGAUAGUAGUUACAAUUCAAAGACCAUUGAUAUACAAGUAAAAAACCAAGAAUUUAGCUGUUCUGGUGAUUUGGUAUUUGGAGCUGGAAAUGAGGGAGCAAUCCAAACUGCUAUCUGUGAUGGAAACCUGGUUGGCUAUAAAGUAGCUCGAUGUAUUUUAAAAAAGUGGACCAUUAUAGAAGACAACUGUGUUCUGAUUGAAAUUCAAAAUUUAAAAAAUGAAGCUCAGACUUUACAGCAAGCAGCUAUCCCGCAGUUUAUGGCCAUCCUCAGUAGUAAUGCUACAUCACAGGCUGAAAACAUCAUUGACUCUGCAGCAACAAUAACAACAAUUGUAGAUAUUCUAACUAUCGUUUCAGGUCUCUCACAAACAACUGUAGUCAGUCAAACCACCAUGACGGAUUUCAUAAAAACAGCCGAGGCCAUUGGAACAGAUGGUACAUCAGGCACUUGGGAGCAAAUAAACAAUAACAGUGCAACAAGUAACACCAGUAAUUUACUUCUGCAUGCUACUGAGAACAUUGCACGCAAACUCCCAGAUGGCACAUCAAUAAUAACAAAUUUUACUUCUCUUGAAAAAAAAUCCAUUACUGCCCCCUUUAAUAAAACAUUUGGAAAAAAUCUCACUACGAAUAUAUAUAUUCCUGUGAAUGAGGCCAAGACGUCCCUCACCGUCAUAAUCUCUUCGGCUUUUAACAACAUCUUACCUGUUCGAAAUUUGACCAACAAUAACAGCAGUCAGACUGGCACCAUGAUCAAUGGAGACGUAGCUGUGAUUGAGACAAACUCAACAAUUAACAACAUCUCUCUCUCUUUUGAUGUCAUAAAUACUACAUUGGGAAAUCCUCAGUGUGUAUUCUGGAACUUUAAUCUUCUGAAUGGUGUUGGUGGAUGGGACUCGACUGGAUGUCAAUUAAAGCUAUUAGGGAAUGAAAAUAAAAGAUACACAUGUGAGUGCAAUCACACAACCUCUUUUUCAAUCCUGAUGUCACCAUUUACGCUGGAUAAAGACCAAUCCAUAAUCUUAGACUAUAUAACCUACAUUGGUGUUGGCAUUUCAAUGGCUAGCUUGGUUUUGUGCCUCAUCAUUGAAAUCAUCAUAUGGAAAUCAGUGACACGAAAUGACACAUCCUACAUGCGCCAUGUCUCCAUAGUCAACAUCGCUGUGUCACUCCUGAUUGCGAACAUUUGCUUCAUCAUUGGCGCAGCUGUUGUUAAACAAGAGGGUCCCUGCAGUACAGCGACAUUCUUCAUGCACUUCUUUUAUCUUGCCCUUUUCUUCUGGAUGUUUCUGUCUGCACUUUUGCUCCUCUACCGCACCCUCGUGGUCUUUUCCAGAAUGACCAGAGGAGCAAUGAUGGCCAUAGGCUUCACUGUCGGCUAUGGAGCCCCGUUAAUCAUAGCUGUCAUUACUGUGGCAUCUACAGCUGGAGGCAAAGGAUACAUUCAACAAGGUUACAAUUGUUGGCUGAACUGGAAUAAAACAAAGGCACUCCUGGCAUUUGUGAUUCCUGCUCUGACGAUUGUAGCUAUAAACCUCCUGGUGCUUAUUGUGGUUCUGUGUAAGAUGUUGAGGAGAGGAGUUAAUGCUUCUGUUCAGCCAGAUGAGAAACAUCCCCUAGCUGUCAUUGCUAGAUGUGUGGCGAUUUUAACACCUCUUUUUGGUCUAACGUGGGGAUUCGGCAUUGGGACCUUGGUGUCACCAAAUUUUGGGAUUCAUGUAGUGUUCGCAUUCCUUAAUUCACUGCAGGGUUUCUUUAUUUUGCUCUUUGGAAUAUUACUGGACAGUAAGGUUCGAGAAGCAUUGGCAGGAAAGUUUUCACUGAGGAACCUAAGUUCUGGCCAGACUAGGAGUACGAGUGCAGGACCAACGUCCUCAAGUGGAUUUCCUUUCAUGCAGUGGUUAAGGCAAAGAAAUGUCUACAAUGUACAAGCAGCGGCAAACAGCGGCAAUAUGGCUUCAACUUCAAACAACUCAUAUGCACCCAUCAACACUUAAGGCAGUAGACCCUUAUUAUAAAGAUUUGUUUAAUUGCUAACAUUAUAUACAGUAGUACAUAUACAGGCAUAAAUGAAAAGCCUUUUAUUGUUUUAACAAAGGAAAAAAUAUAAAUAAAUAAUAAAUUAACAUAAAUUCAUCAUUCUAAAGUACACUUUUCAAAAUUAUUUCUCCUGAAGCUCAAUGGAUUUAAACAAAUUUUGUAUUGCUUAAAUUAAAAAAAAAUCUGUAUAAUUUAUCUGUAUAUUUUAGGUAUUCUGUUUGUUUUCCCAUUUUAUUAAAUCAAUGUAUAAUUUUAUUAAAUAUUGCUAUAUUCCCAAGGAUAACAUUUAUAUAUAUAAAAAAACAGUUCCAUUAACAAUAAAUAAAUAAAUAAAUAUUACAUUAUGUAAUACUGCAUGUUAUUCUCUCACCACUAAGUAUGGAUUAGAGAUUAUAAUAAUUGAUAUGGUCUUUGGUAGUUAAUCAAGUUUUUUUUCAGGUUGGUUAGAAAGUAUUUACAUGUUUCCAUUUUUUAUUUUUAAAUAAAUGUAAAUUACUUUACACAA